CAGGACAACGCCCGCGGGGAGCCUUUGUCCGCACAGGCGGCGGCGGCGCGGGGCUGAGCGGGGCCGGGAUCCGGAGCGGGAUCCGGAUUAACACCGGGAUCCGAAUCCGGAUCCGAUAUCGGGCCCGGCAGCGGCCCCCGGGGCUGGCGGCGGCGCUGCCCUGCCCUGCUGCCGCACUAUGACUCUGGAGGGGCUGCCUGGCGAGCACCGCACGGCCGGCAGGAUGGAGCAGGCGGGGGACGCGCUGGAGGAGGUGCUGAGCAAGGCGCUGAGCCAGCGGAGCCUCACCCUGGGCGUCUACGAGGCGGCCAAACUGCUCAACGUGGACCCGGAUAACGUGGUGCUGUGCCUGCUGGCGGCGGACGAGGAGGAAGCGGAGGACGCGGCGCUGCAGAUCCACUUCACCCUCAUCCAGGCUUUCUGCUGCGAGAACGACAUCAACAUCCUGCGGGUCAGCAACCCGGCCCGCCUGGCGCAGCUCCUGCUGCCCCACACCGCCACCGAGCCCCCCACCGACCUCCACUGCGUCCUGGUCACGAACCCCCACGCGUCCCAGUGGAAGGACCCGGCGCUGAGUCAGCUCAUGUGCUUCUGCCGGGAGCGGCGCUACGCCGACCAGUGGGUGCCGGUCAUCAACCUCCCCGAGCGGUGACGGCGCCGUGCCGGGGUCGGUGGGAUGCUUUCCGUGCGUUGGCGCUUAGCUCAGGAAGGAAAAAUUCCCCCCUGCCCUCGUGCGAGGGCGCAGCAGGGGAAGGGGAGGGGGGGGGGAUAAAGGUUUUAACAAAAAAAAAAAAAAAUCAUCAAAAAAAAAAAAAAAAGGAUUUAAAAACGUCCAGGGGUUGAGCUGCGUGGGAUGGAGGACGAGCGACGCGGCCGGGAAGCGAAGGGAAGGAGCCUGGGAGGAGCCGGAGCCUGCCCCAGGAGGGAGGACGCCGCCGAACGCCCCUCGAGGUUCCCAAAAGUGCGACCCGCAGGUUGUGGCUCGGCUCCGCGAGGAGCUCAGCGGUGAAUCGGGACGCUUCGCAGCCGAUUUUUAGCGUAUUUUUGGGAUGUUCAGUCUCGAGUUUUUAAUGCUAAGAUAUAGAGUAAGUUAUUUUAUGAUAUUGACUUUAAAAAAAAAAAAGUUAUUUAUACCCUGCGGUCUCGGAAGCAGGCACCCCUGCAGGUCCUGGCCAACGCCACCUCUUAGCAGGAGGCUGCUGAGAGCUGCCCCACUGGCGGUGUUGGAAAGUGGAUAAUGCUUUGUUCUGGGGUGUUUUUUUCUUCUUUUUUUGUUGUUUUUUGUUUUUUUUUUUUGGAAUAAAGUUGACUCUCGGAUCCUC